AUGCACCUGGACCGCAGAUUAACGUGGAAGAAACACAUAUUCACGAAAAGACAACAGUUGGGUCUGAAACUCAGUAAAAUUUACUGGUUUAUAGGAAAAAGAUCACAACUGAAUUUGUACAAUAAAAUCCUCGUAUCCAACGGAGGUAAAGGGAAUAAAAAUAAUCAAUAUUUUAAUCAUAUCGACUAAAAUCCAAUAUCGACAUACUGAAAAUAUUCCAAUCGAAGACCUUUCGCAUUAUCACAAAUGCACCGAGGUACAUGCCCAAUGAAUCCA